GGCGGGGCGCUAAGGUUGGCGUCUUUUCGCCCCGACCUUCGCCAGCGGGGCCAUAGCAUCAUGACGGUGGGAGCCAGGCUCCGAAGCAAGGCGGCGAGUGGUUUUCUGCGCCGCGGGCCCCGGGCGCGAGCGCGAGCGCGGGCGGAGGGGGAUGAGGAGGCGGCCGCCCUCCUGGAGCAGCCGGAGCGCGGGGACGAGGCGGCGAGCGGGGCGAGCGCGGGGCGCCCGGGGGCCCGCAGCGCGCGCAAGGUGCACCUGGCCGUCCUCCCCGAGCGCUACGAGCCGCUGGACGAGCCGGCCGCCGGCGAGAAGCCCAAGAGGAGGUACCGGCAGAAGCUGAAGAAGUACGGCAAGAAUGUUGGGAAGGUGGUCACCAAGGGAUGCCGCUACGUGGUCAUCGGCCUGCAGGGCUUCGCUGCGGCCUACUCGGCCCCGUUCGGAGUAGCCACCAGCGUGGUCUCCUUCGUCCGCUAGCGGGAGCUGCGGGGCAGACGCACCAGCACGGAUGGAAGCUCCGCUCUGGGACCAUCUCAGACCUGAACCCACAGAAUCCUUGGAGGAAGUCAAUGUCUCUCCUUGUUGCAUUGGAUGAAUGUUAUGAACGGAACGUGCCUGCCCAUCCGCUGAGCUUUUCAGGACUCUAGGACACCCGUGGCUCCGAUGGACAAUCCCGCAGGGAAUCCGGCCGUGUUAGGUUUGGGGUUUCAGUGUGCGAAUGGCCGAAGGUUUCCCGCGCAGGUGGCCGGGGGGCUGGCCCAGAGGCAGACACCUGGCAGACGCUCUGGGUGGGUAGCGGAGGGGUGAUUACGAGGCAGGACAGGGGUUUUGAUGAUUUGUUACGUUCUGGAAGGGUCGCAGGCUGACACGGCGCUCACAGCCCUUGGCUGCCUUGACUCUGGGGCCAGCAGAGGAGCUGUUUGUCAUGCGCCCCAGCUCCUUCCUCCACCCCUUAGUCACCAGGGGUGGAAUUAGGGGCUUGAGAAGAAGAAGGAAGGAAGGAAAAUCUCUUUGAAGGUGGGGAUGCUUUGAAAACUGUUGAUGACGUGUGUGACUGUUGAAAGCAGA